AUGUCGUCGACGGCUUCCACUACGACUUGGCUGGUUACUGGGGCCAACCGCGGCAUCGGUUUCGAACUCGUCCGACAGCUGCUCUCCUCUCCUGCAAACAUCGUUCUUGCAGCAGUUCGCAGUCCCGGGAACGCGACAGCACUCACCGCCCUGGAAGCGGGCGCGAACGGGACUCUGCACGUCCUACAACUCGAUGUGAGCGACUUCGAUAAUGUCCGCGCGCUCCCUGCGCGGCUCGCGCCCAUCCUCGGCGACACCGGACUCGACUACCUCAUCAACAACGCCGCCACCACUUGCUACGACACGGCGUACACUAUCGAGCCGGAGGCGCUGCUCGCGAUCCUGCGCACGAACACUAUCGGACCCGCACACCUCUCUCGCGUACUCCUGCCGCUGCUCGAGCGUGGCCGCUCGAAGAAGAUCCUGCACAUCUCAAGCACGACGGGCAGUAUCGCGAGCGGGGGCGCGGACCCGGUUGUCGGCGGGCGGUACACGGCGUAUGCGAUGAGCAAGGCUGCGUUGAAUAUGUUUACCGCGAAGCAGGCGUUGGAUAGGCCGGACAUCGUUGCCAUCACGCUGUGUCCGGGGUGGGUCAAGACAGACAUGGGCGGCGCGAACGCGCUGCUCGAGCCCGCGGAGAGCAUCUCGGGCAUCCUUAAGGUCAUCACCUCCGCGACUGCGGCCGACAACGGCAAGUACUUCCGGCACAACGGGGAGACAAUCCCGUGGUAG